AUGAAGGCAUACUGGUACGACAACAUCGAGGUAGGCGUUUUUCUCCCCUGCUGCCAUCUUAUCCACAAUCUAACGAACCACAACAGNGGCGACCAACGCCUNCCCCACGACAGCGGCCGCCCCGUCACCCCCACCGACCUCUCCAAACUCGGCAUCAUCUGCCACAACUAUCCCUCCCUCGACUCUGUCAACGAGCUAGCCUCCUCCCGCAACUACAAGAACCGCGACGAAGUCACCAUCUCGCCGACCACCCUCCCCAACUACGAAGAAAAGGUCAAAAUCUUCUUCCACGAGCACUUGCAUGAAGACGAGGAGAUCAGAUAUAUCCUGGAUGGCGCGGGUUACUUUGACGUCAGAAGCGAGGGUGACGAUUGGAUCCGUUUGAGGCUGGAGAAGGGAGAUUUGGCUAUUAUGCCUGCGGGGAUUUACCAUCGUUUUACUACUGAUGACAAGAAUGUGAGUUUGCUUGCAAGAGAUGGGGCAGAAAGAAGAGAAUAUGUUAAUGACAGGAAUGCANNGUAUACCAAGGCCAUGAGACUGUUCAAGGACGAGCCCAAGUGGACGCCGCUGCAGCGUGGCGCCGAGACCGACGAGAACAACUUCAGAAAGGAAUACCUGAAGAGCCGUCAAGAGGGUACUAUACUCUCUUCCUAA